AUGGGAAUUGCACGGGAUAGGAUUCACAAGAGGAGUAAGACCGGUGGACGCCGUGAGCGUAAUCGCAAGAAGAGGAAGUUCGAAUUGGGUAGGCCUGCGGCUAUGACAAAGCUUGGCCCUAAGAGGAUUCACUCUGUGCGCGUGCGUGGUGGUAAUAUCAAACUUCGCGCAAUGCGUCUUGACCAGGGCAACUUCAGCUGGCCCUCUCAAGCUAUUUCACGCAAAUCUCGUAUCAUUGACGUUGUUUACAACGCUUCAAACAACGAGUUGGUUCGUACCAAGACCUUGGUCAAGAACGCUAUUGUUCAAAUUGAUUCUGCUCCAUUCCGUCAGUGGUAUGAAGCCCAUUACCUUAAGGAACUUGGUCGUCAUCAAGCAAAGGGUGGCAAAAAGGUUGAGCCAGUGGAAAAUGCCGAAGAAGAUGUCCUUCUCAAGAAGCGUAGUGCUUCAGCGAUGAAAAAGUUUGAGGCCAGGCAAAAACUCCCACAGGCCAACUUGUCCGACCAUCUAAAAGAGCAGUUUAUGUCUGGUCGUCUCUUGGCCUGCGUGUCUUCUCGUCCUGGUCAGGUUGGGCGUUGUGACGGUUAUAUUCUCGAAGGCAAAGAAUUGGAAUUCUAUUCAAGAAAGCUUAAGGCUAAGAAGGCUAAGUAA